UAGUGUGUGUAUUAAAGUCACAAAGGCAUCAAAAACCAUUACAACUAGCAAAGCAAAAGCAACAUCAUUUUUUAUCUGGGAAAUCCCUGAUCUGGCCUUUCAAAAUUCUCACGCAAACCAAAGCCCUUUUCUGUUGUUCUGAUAAAGAAGAAGAAGAGGCUAGAGAGAGAAAGAAGAAGGUAGAGAGAGAAAAUGGUGAAAGACAGGAAGGUAGGUGUGGCGAUGGAUUUCUCAAAGAGCAGCAAAACGGCACUGAAAUGGGCUAUUGACAACUUGGCCGAUAAAGGUGACACCUUCUACAUCAUCCACAUCAAGUCUGGUUCCGUCCAAGAGUCUCACAACAGCCUCUGGUCCAAAUCUGGUUCUCCUCUGAUUCCUUUGGCCGAGUUUCGUGAACCAGCGACUAUGCACAAGUACGAUGUCCAAAUUGAUACUGAAGUUCUGGACACCCUCGACACUGGUUCCAGACAGAAAGAGAUUAACAUUGUGACCAAACUGUACUGGGGAGACGCCCGAGAGAAGCUAUGUGAAGCUGUUGAAGAUUUGAAGCUGGACUCUUUGGUUAUGGGAAGCAGAGGACUUAGUACCAUCCAAAGGAUACUUUUGGGAAGCGUGACAAAUUACGUGAUGACAAACGCAUCCUGCCCAGUGACUAUCGUGAAGGAUCCAGAUUUCCACAAGCAGUGAUCAGAAAAUCAGAGUCCGUUUUCAGGCGAGAUCUAUAAUAAUAAUAUAUCUUCAUAAAUAAAAAAUUAUAAUUCCUUUUGUUGUUGUGGAAUUUUCUGUAUGGUACUUGGGUGAUAUUUAUGUAUUUCCUAUCCCAAACUUGUUUCACUAUUUAACACUAAACUAAAAGCUUGAUGAUGAUGUUGUGUGA